AGCAAGUCCACAUGCAAGCCAGCCGUCCGCUGCAUCAACUCGUGGCCACGUCCCUCCGCUUUGAACAGCGCCGCUUCAUGGGUCGCGCGCCAACUAUCGCUGGCAAGAAGAGCGCGACCGAUGCGAAAAAAGCAAUUCUCAUUGGCAAGCUGGCCAAGGAACUCGUCGUGACGUCCAAAGCAACCCACGGCGACGUCAACAACAUUCGUCUCGCGUCCGUCGUGAUCAAGGCCAAGACUUUCAACAUGCCGCGCGACCGCAUUGAAGCCGCCAUCAAGCGCGGCGUGGACGGAAAGUCUGGCGCAGUCACGGAAACCAUCUUGUACGAAGCCACGGGACCUAGCGGCAGUGCGUUGAUGAUCGAAGCGUUGACGGACAACCGCAAGCGGACGGCGCCGGCCCUGCGUCAUAUCUUGGGCAAACAUGGCGGCGGGUUGGGUGCCAAUGGGUCGGUGGCAUGGAUGUUUGAGCGCAAGGGGUACCUCGAGGUCAAGCAACCUGACGACGAGGCGGUGACGUGGGACGAAGAUAGCAUGCUGAACAUUGCCAUUGAAGCAGGGGCAGAAGACAUGGAAUUCCGAGACGCUGUGGCCCAGAUCACAUGUGACAUGAACGACUUGGCCAUUGUGCGCAAUCAUUUGGUUACGCUGGGCUUGCAUCCCCAUGUAUGCUCGAUCAUUUACAACCCAAAGGAAUUUGUGGAUUUGCCCGAUGAUGCUGCCGAUGAGUUUGAAGCGCUGCUAGAUGCAUUGAGCGACAACGAAGACGUGAACGAUGUGUUUCACAACAUCAAUCAAUAACCCAUACGAAAAAUGAGAUAACGUCAUGCAUUCCAUGAAUGUUCUUCUGGCCAUUCAUUGUGAUGAUCUGUGACAAGUAGUUUUGCUACCGCCGCCCGGCAGGCACGACGCGGCCUAUGCGUGGCACUGCCUUCUUCGGGAUCAAGCCAUCCACCACGACGGCGCACUUGGCCGUCGGAUGGUCUCUGACGGGAGGCAGUAGCCUCGCAGGGACGGCGGCGGACGUCGUCUUCUUGCUGGUUUCGAGCGACUCGACGCGGUGCUGCAGCUUGGCGAUCGCGUCAGCAUACAGCGAUUCCAUUUCGCCCACCUAUACAUCGUUCAGGACCUACCUAGCUGUAGACCAUCAUCACGACCAGCAGCAGAAAACUACUGUGUGGUUGGACAACACACAAAACA